AUGUCUGCCAACGACAAUACCUCCACUCUUAAGUCGUACGUCGACUCGGCCACCGGUGCCGUCCAAAACGUUGUGGGCAGCGUUCUCGGCAGCAGCGGCGACCAGGCUCAGGGACAGGCCAAGCAGAACAAGGGUCAAGCAGAGUACGACGCUUCGCACGCCUCGAUCAAGGUGCCCGGCGCGACCGUUUCUGCCUCGGGUGUGAGCAAGGAUGAUCCGGACCGCGCCGCCGGCUCGUGGAACCAGACGGCCGGCUCGGCCAAGGAAUUUGUCGGUGGCCUCGUCGGCAGCGAGAACCUCAAGGCGGCCGGGCGGGAGCAGAACCGGUCCGGUCAGGAACAGGAGGCCCGCGGUCAGCUCAACGAUCUCAGCUCCGGUAUCGCCGACCGCGUCACCGGCACCGUCGGUAGCGCCGUCGCCGGCUUGACUGGCGAUCGUUCCAAGCAGACCGAGUACCAGGACCAGCACGACGCUGGCAAGACCCAGCAGCGCGGUGUGGAGCACGAUCUUCAGAAGCAGGCCGAAGCUCAACGCCGCGAGUAG